AACGACUAGCCACGAUUCCCCCUGCGUUAUUAUUCGGUGUCUACCCAACGUUACUCCUGCUAUUGCUAGCUAGCUAGCUACACCCGUGGUUAGCUUGUUAGCCCGUCAUCAAGCUGCCUCUGCAGCCGCGCGCCUACGACUCCGGCGUUCACUCACUGCACGAUGGCGGAGGGAGGCGGACCCGACUCGGGUAACGCGGCAGACGCCGAGACACAGCCGGUGCCGGCCCAGAUACCUGUACCUUCAACCGAAUGUCAAAAGCAGACUGUCGGGACACUACUGAAAACCACACUCCGAAAGGGAGAUGAGUGGUAUUUGAUUGACAGUCGAUGGUUCAAGCAAUGGAAGAAGUAUGUUGGCUUCGACAGCUGGGAUAUGUACAAUGUUGGCGAACACAGCCUGUAUCCUGGACCAAUAGACAAUUCAGGCCUUUUCUCAGAUUACGACACACAGACAUUAAAGGAACACCUCAUAGAUGAGCUGGACUAUGUCCUGAUGCCCACAGAGGCAUGGACCAAGCUUGUCAGCUGGUAUGGCUGUCUUGAAGGCCAGAAACCCAUAGUCAGAAAGGUAGUAGAGCAUGGCAUGUUUGUUAAGCACUGUAAAGUGGAAGUCUAUCUGCUGGAGCUGAACCUGUGUGAAAACGACAAUAUGGACAACGUGGUUACACGUCAUUUUAGCAAAGCAGAUACAAUUGACACAAUUGAAAAGGAAAUGAGGUCACUCUUUGACAUCCCUACGGAAAAGGAGACGCGAUUGUGGAACAAAUACAUGAGCAACACCUAUGAGCAGUUGAACAAGCCAGACAGCACUGUGCAGGAUGCUGGCCUUUUUCAGGGACAGGUGCUGGUGAUUGAGCGGAAGAACGAGGAUGGCACAUGGCCCAGACAGAAUGCCCAUCUCAAGUCUAGUACACCCACAUCCCGAAAUUUCACUACCUCCCCAAAGCUGUCCUCCAACUCGUCUGCAACAAUAUCUUCAACAGUCACCAAUGGAGACAGUUCAUCAGGCUAUAUGCUGAAUAAUAGCACCUCCUCUGGAAACAGGUUGGGAGGGUACAACUCCUACAGCUCAACCUAUAGCUACCGAGAAUCAGCAUCCCAGCCUGGCCUGUGUGGACUCAGUAACCUGGGGAACACAUGCUUCAUGAACUCAGCCCUCCAGUGCCUGAGCAAUGCGUCCUUACUCACGGAGUACUUUCUGAAUGACCAGUACGAGGUAGAGAUCAACAGGGAAAACCCAUUGGGGAUGAGGGGUGAGAUCGCCGAGGCCUAUGCUGACCUGGUCAAGCAGAUGUGGCUCAGUCGCAGCAGUUACGUUGCCCCGCGCACAUUUAAAACCCAAGUGGGCCGCUUUGCCCCGCAGUUCUCAGGGUAUCAGCAGCAGGACUCCCAGGAGCUGCUGGCUUUCCUGUUGGACGGCCUCCACGAGGACCUAAACCGCGUCAAGAAGAAGCCUUAUCUGAGCUUGAGGGAUGCUGAGGGCCGGCCUGAUGAGAUUGUAGCAAAGGAGGCUUGGACAAACCAUCGCCUGAGGAACGACUCGAUCAUCGUAGACAUCUUCCAUGGUCUGUUCAAGUCCACUCUAGUCUGCCCUGAGUGCUCCAAGGUAUCAGUGACAUUUGACCCUUUCUGCUACCUCACCCUGCCCUUGCCCAUGAAGAAGGACCGCACCAUGGAAGUCUUCAUGGUCCGCUCUGAUCCUCAGAGUAAGCCCACACAGUUCCGAGUGGUGGUUCCCAAGUUGGGCACGGUGUCAGACCUGUGCAGUGCCCUGGCCAAGCUGUGUGGAGUUCCAGCAGAAAAGAUGGUGGUGGCUGAUGUUUACAAUCAUCGGUUUCACAAGAUCUACCGGCGAGAGGAUGGCCUCAACCAUAUCAUGGAGAAAGACGACAUAUUUGUGUAUGAGGUGCAAGAGGAGGACAGUGAGAAGAUGAAUCUGCCUGUGUACUUCCGCGAGCGUCACUAUAAACAAGGUGGUGGCUACUCCUCGGGCACCAUGCUGUUUGGCCAGCCCCUGCUCAUCACUGUCCCCCGCAACAACCUCUCCAUAGACACACUCUAUCAGAAGGUUCUGGAACGAAUUGGGCGUUAUGUGAAGCGCUCCCAGGUCCCCAGCGCUGAGAACCGGCCACCAGCCUCGGCCACAGCCUCCAGCAGCUGCAGCAGCAGCCAGGCCACAGAGUGCGCAGCCUCGUCCAAUCACAACGACGCGUAUGCAAGCCCUUCGUCAGAGGGGGCGUCGUGGAGCGCAGGCUCCAGCAACGGACUCGGCAGCCACUCGGACACCUACAAAGGCCGCAAUGGCACCUGCGAUGGUGAAGAUGAGGAGGCCAUGGACCACCAGGUCAGCCCCGAGCCGGAGAACAGCCAGACGGAGACGGUGGACGGAGAGGAGGAGGGCUCCGACCAGGAAAACGAGGCCAACGGGAAUGCAGAGAAGAAGCCUGGGGCGGCGCGUGGCCGCCUCUUCUCCUUCAGUAUGGUGAACUCGUAUGGCACAGCCAACAUCAGUCCCCUGCCAUGUGACGGAAACAUCCUCAAACUCACAACACAUUCCACAGUGGCUAUUGACUGGGAUUCAGACAUUAAGAAGACAUGCUAUGAUGACCAAGAGGCAGAGGCCUUUGAGAAGCAUGAGAGUAUGGUCCAGCCCCAGAAGAAGAAGUCCACCAUAGCGCUGAGGGAGUGUAUUGAGCUCUUCACUACCAUGGAGACGCUAGGAGAGCACGACCCCUGGUAUUGCCCAGCGUGUAAAAAGCAUCAGCAGGCCACCAAGAAGUUUGAUCUGUGGUCACUGCCUCGUCUCCUAGUGGUGCAUCUCAAACGCUUCUCCUAUAAUCGCUGUUGGAGAGACAAGCUGGACACUGUGGUGGACUUCCCAAUUAGGGACUUGAACAUGUCCGAGUUUGUGUGCGAUCCAAAGGCUGAGCCCUAUGUUUAUGAUCUUAUCGCUGUCUCUAACCACUAUGGAGGCAUGGGGGGAGGCCACUACACGGCCUAUGGGAAAAACAAGGUUGAUGGAAAGUGGUAUUACUUUGAUGACAGCAGUGUAUCAUCUGCCUCCGAAGAUCAGAUCGUGACAAAGGCAGCCUAUGUGCUAUUCUACCAACGCAGAGACAAUGACAGCCCCUCCAAGUCAACGGCAUCUGCUUCCCUGGGGGGAGCGCCGGAAACCCCUGAUGACACCAUGGACACCAACUGAAAAUCCUGAGGUUCAGGGACACGUGCUGAAGCAAAAGCCUGAUAAACAUUACAGCACAGCAAAUGAAAAUCAAGACGUGACCGAUCAACGCACCCCCAGAGGCCACUUCAGAUGUUUUCUUUUUAAGACUUAAAUAUAUAGGCCCCUGUCAUCUCGCUCUUAUUUUUAACUCUCUCUCACUUGCAUCACCACCAAGAGCCUGCGACAGCCAAAAGAAAAGGAAAACACACACACACACACAAACACACACACACACACAUAAUUUGAUGUGACCUCAAAGACUUUUCUCUCUAGAGCUUGCAACCUGCUCUCAGGAGAGCAUAGUUUAACAAAUUGCAAAAGAAUACGGAGAAAAUGAAAAAGGGUGAAUGAAAUGGCAAUGCAACCUUUGUCUGGACAAAACGAAUGUUUUAGAAGUUGCCUAAAAUUAAUAGAUAGAAUCAAUUCUGUCACCCAAUAGGAAAAAAAAAAGAAAAAGGAAAAAAAAAAUGAUAAUAAAAAAGCCAAAUGCAAAUGUUGUCUCAACCAAAGCAUUGCAAGUUGUACAUGUGGAAGAAGUAAAGCGCUGGCUAAGUGAGGAGACCUGGAAGGAGUGGCUUGUGAGUCUCCGUGUAUAACCUGAGAUGACAUUUAUGCAAACGUGAUCAAUAUUUCGAAAUGAAAUGUGCACUGGCUAAAUCCCGUUGAACUCCACCAGACUGCACUCUUAAUGCAUGGUGCCUCCUCUGGAAGACUGGAUUCUUUUUGGGAUUGUACACCUACAGUGUACCGCUCAGCCCACCCCUUGUCCAGUGAUCAGGGCCACCUUACCCCAGAGAAAUUGGAUUGCUGAUAGUUUCAUUUUUCUCUCUCCACGGCUUGAAGUGUUCAUCUUCACAUUUUGCCAUGCUUACAAACAUGCUUUUAAUCUGCCUAGCCCUGACCCUGUCCAAGGUCAAUCAAAGCAUGCUGUUUGGGUUCAUGCUGUCCUGUCAUGCUACCUUGCAAUGAGGUUUAGUGUACCGCUGAACAACAGAAACGUGCUGCUCUGUCUCUGAAACGUAAUGCACCAGCGGCCUUUGAAGCCCCAGAAGCCUGUUAAAGAGGACGGGGCAUGUGUGAGUGCUCUUAGCUUUUAUUUUACGAUGGGAAUAAGUCUGCUAUUUUGUCUUACUUGGAAUUUAUGGAUGAGUGAAUUUUGGGUUUUUCAAUUCAGUUUACUUUUACUUUUCUUGACCUUCGAAAAGAAAACAGAAAAUCACCUAUCUCUUUCAAAAUGUGACUUGACGCUCAGUGGUGAAAUAAAAUUAUGUUAAUACAACAUUUAGAUUGCAUCCUAAUGGAAGUACAUUUUAUUUAAUUGAAAGUCAAUGAGGUGAUUUUAAAGUGGUGCUAAAUUAAUGAGCCUUGAAAAAUACUUUUUUUUUUAGACCAAGUUGGGGUUUUACAGCAAACUCCCUCUAAAUAGGGAAUGCUUGUGUAUUUUCCCUCAAAGUGCACAUAGUGCGAUAUGUUUUAGUUGCACUUGCUUGACCUGCUUCUUAAGUCGGAGUUUGAUUGGAGAAAAUCCUCAAUAGUUUUCACCGCUGUUAUUUAUUAGUAUUACAAAUGUAGAUGAAUGAAAAUCCAUAAAUCAAGGAAAAGCCUAUUUCUCUCUUUGAUUUAGGGGCAAGUCUGAGAGUUUGGAGGAGCACAUUUAUUUAAUUGGUGAAAUAGACAAUUCUGACUGUCGCAGUGAUCAGUAAUUAAGCUGAAAAUAUGUGAUGAUUCAGAACUCACAGUAGCCAACGCCAUAAUGUUUGAGUUUUUGGAGAUCAGUUCCUGCCUUUUCACUUGUAUUGUGCUUUCUUUGACUUUUUUUCGAUUUACUAUGAAAAUGCAAAAGUUUCUGGUCAGUUCCACUGUGAAAUCCCUGCCCAGACAUGACCUAAGUAUAUUAAUAUUUCUGACAGAGAAAAAGCUUUACAUCUUCUAAAUACAUGCCCAUAGCAACUUAUACAGUGGUAGACCCAAUAGCCAAGGCAAAAGCCAUUUGUUUAAAACAGAUUCUUUUCUCUAUUACCUCUACAAUAUCAACACUUUACAUAUGUGUUUUCUUGUCCAAUUACAUAGAUGUACAUAAUUAUACUCUAUUUCCAAAAUAGGUACAUAACUACUUUGUGUUCUGAUAUUUAUCUUAUUGCCAAUAUCUGCAAUAUCAGAUUUUGAUGAAAAUGAAUUGAAAGCUCAAUAAAGGAUGGAAGCCUGA